GUGGAUACUUUCUACAUGACCAAACUGGACUUGGAAACCCAAGUGGAGAACCUGACCAAUGAAGUCAACUUCCUGAGAGCCAUCUAUAAAGCUUACAACCAAGUCCUAUUGGAAUCCAGUGAUAUGUCCGUGGUCUUGUCCAUGGACAAUAACCGCCACUUAGACUUGGACAGCAUCAUCUCUGAGGCCAAGGUCCAGUAUGAAGAGAUCACUGAGAAGAGCAAGGCUGAGACCCAGGCCCUGUACAAGACCAAACUUCGGUUGCUGCAGACCACAGCUGGCAGGCAUGGUGAUGACCUGAGGAGCACCAAGAAUGAGACUGCUGAGUUCAACAGGAUGAUCCAGACGCUGAGGGCAGAGAUUGAGAGUGUCAACAAACAAAAUGCCAAUCUGCAGGCAGCAAUUACUGACUCUGAGCAGUGGGGUGACCUGACCCUCAAAGAUGCCCAGACCAAGUUGGCAGAACUCAGAGAGGUUCUGCAGCAGCUCAAGGAGAACUUGGCCCAUCUCCUGUAUGACCACCAGGACCUGAUGAAUAUCAAGCUGGCUUUGGAUGUGGAGAUUGCCACCUACCAGAACAUGCUGGAGGGCGAGGAGUGCAAGAUGUCUGGGGAGUGCCAGAGCCCAGUGUGCAUCUCUGUGGUCAACCACACUUCCAGCUGCAAGAACAUCAGUGCUGGGGGCAGCAGCAGCAGCAGCAGCAGCAGCAGCAGCGAUGGAUGUCUUCCUGCAUCCAGAGAAAAUGAUGAGCCAGCAGUCCAGCAGGCCCUCCCAGGCCACCAAGGCUUCAGUGGCAGCUCUGCCAUUGUGGUGGCUGGCUAG